AACAAAUCGAAACCGGUUAAAGGUUCGAUCACAUGAACCGGCCUACUGGUUUUCUCCCAAUAAACAAAUCCAAGCCCUAGGGCUAGGGCUAGAAAAAAAAAAUGUAGAAGUAGUUCCGGUUGGUUCUGAUUGCCAUGCCAAAUUUAGGUCAUCAAUUGGAAGAAACAAUUCGAUCGCCACAUCAUCAUCAUCGCCACAUCGAUUGCUCGGUCCACCUCAGGUCCUUGAUUGUCUUCUGUAUGGAUGUGAUGGGGUUUCAGACAAUGGGUUCCCAUGGGAUGGCCCAACAGCCUCAUCUACAACCCUUAGCAAGGCAAAACUCAUGGUUUAGCUUGACACUCGGAGAAAUUGAGAACCAAUGUGGAGAAUUCAGCAAGCCACUAGGAAGCAUGAACCUUGACGAAUUGCUUAAAAAUGUUUGUACUUCUGAAGCAACUCAGUCCAGCGCUAUGGAUAUUGGAAGUUCUUCUCCGGUGUCUUCUCUUCAGCGUCAGGCCAGCCUAGCAUUGGCUAGGGCUUUUAGUGGGAAGACGGUUGAUGAAGUUUGGAGAGAUAUCCAACAAGGGCAGAAGGUAAAAAAUAUUGAGGAGAUCAAAGGUCAGGAAAGAGAACCAACUCUCGAUGAGAUAACUUUGGAAGACUUUUUGGUAAAAGCAGGGCAUUUUGCUGAAGUUUCAUCUGGACCUCUUGUUGGGGUUGAUAAUGCAGAGACCACUCAAAAGGUGCAGCCGCAGAUGUCCCUGUCACCAAGUCAUUCGAUUGACACACUAUCAGAUGCACCCCGACCAGGCCGAAAGAGGGGAUCCGCAGAUGCAAUCGAGAAGACUCUUGAGAGAAGGCUCAAGAGAAAGAUUAAGAACAGGGAAUCUGCUGCACGCUCACGAGCAAGAAAACAGGCGUACCACAAUGAGCUGGUGGCCAAGGUUUCAUGUCUUGAAGAGGAAAAUAUAAAGCUCAAGAAAGAAAAGGAAUUGGAGAAGGUAUUGCCAUGGGAGUUGUCUCCAGAACCAAGAUAUCAGCUUCGAAGAACGAAUUCAAUCUAGUAUGAUCUGUGUGUGAGUUUUGUAGUUAUUGAGCCUGUCUUUGUGGAGGUUUUUUUUUUCUUUAUUUUUAUUUUUUGUGAAUGUAUUUAUCUAACUAUCUUGAUCUUUUUAUAUGGAGUAUAUAACAUAAUGUAGAUAUGAUGGCCCAUUUGGGAUAUUGGGAAAACGAAAUCAAGCAAAGAAAUGAGUCAAUGUUGUUCUGUUUUGAGUUAUGAUAUUAGAGUUUGAUGAUUGGAUGGA